AGGUAUUACAGGUAUUUAAUAAGCUCUGCGGCGCUUCUGGAGCUUUGGUGUAGAUUCGUUUGCUCCCUAGCUGCAGCUUUCAGUAGAUCGGUUGAUUUACUGUAGGUUCUUAAUUAACUUCUCUUCAUCGUAAAUCGUUACUGUAUAUUACCCUAAAUACACUUCUCAAAAUGGCUUCACCACACCACGUCCUCAUCCUCGGCGGCCACGGCAAAAUCGCCCAACUUCUCACCCCACUGCUCCUCAAGCGUUCCUGGACCGUCACCAGCGUAAUUCGCAAACAAGAACAAGUCCCCGCCGUCGAAAAGCUCGGCGCUGGAUUACCCGGUCGGCUCAGCGUCCUUGUCCGAAGCAUCGAAGACGUCGACAGCCAGGAGAAGGCAGCGAGCAUCUUGGACGAGGUUAACCCAGACUACGUCGCAUGGAGUGCCGGUGCCGGUGGUAAAUACGGUGCUGAAGGAACAUACCGCAUCGACCGCGACGCCGCAAUCAACUUCAUCAACGCCGCCGCAGCCAAACCCUCCAUCAGCCGCUUCCUCCUCGUCUCCUACAACGGCUCCCGUCGCAAAGCAGCUCCCUGGUGGACCGCCAGCGAAUGGGAAGACUACCACAAGAACAUCAACUUUGGCGUACUAGCGACCUAUUACCAAGCCAAGAUCGCCGCCGACGAAGUCCUAUACGAAGUUUCCAAGCAGAGCCCAACCUUGGUAGGCAUUGACCUCCGCCCCGGCAGAUUGACAGACGAUCCCAAGGGAAAUGUCACACUGGGUAGAAACAAGAACGUCAAAGGGGAGGUCCCUAGAGAAACUGUAGCUCAUGUAGCUGAUGCCAUUCUUGCUGCUGAUGGUGUCAAGAGUGGGUGGAUAGAUUUGCUGCAGGGCGAUGAUGAUAUCAACGAAGCUGUCGCCGCCGUAGUCCGUGAUGGCGUUGAUGCUGCUGAGGGCGAAGACAUUUAUGCAAAGUACGCGUAGAAUUGCGCAAUCAAAUAGAGAAGAACACAAAAAUCAGGACCAAAUUGCACGUAACAUUAUUAAUAUUAUAGCACAUGGCUCCCUAUCUGCUAGUUCAAUAUUAGGAACCUACCAAGCAUUGUAAAAUCUGAGUGGAGAGGAGAAUCUCGUCUCGCCAACAUAUAUAGCUCCCCCACAAG